UUACAGAUAGUGCCACUUACGUCGGUAAUGUUUUAAAAAUCAAGAGCGUUAAGAAGGAAGAUCGCGGUACAUACUAUUGCGUAGCCGAUAAUGGUGUCAGUAAAGGCGAUCGUCGUAAUAUCAAUUUAGAAGUUGAGUUCUCGCCGGUAAUCACAGUGCCACGACCACGUCUAGGACAAGCAUUACAAUAUGAUAUGGACUUGGAAUGCCAUAUUGAAGCCUAUCCACCACCAGCAAUUAUUUGGUUAAAAGACGACGUACAACUUACAAACAAUCAACAUAACAGUAUAUCACAUUUUAACACAGCCGAUGAAUAUACCGACUCCACAUUGCGUAUUUUAACCGUAGAGAAACGUCAGUAUGGAGAUUAUGUAUGCAAAGCUGUUAAUAAAUUGGGACAAGCCGAAGCACGUGUAAAUCUAUUUGAAACUGUGAUUCCAGUGUGCCCACCGGCUUGCGGGCAGGCAUAUUAUGGUGGCGCAGAAAAUAUUGCAACAACAUCCUUCGUAUUUUUGGGAAUAUUGUUGGUUGGCAUGUUUGCGAGAUAAACGAAAUGAGGCGAAUUAAAAACGAUUCUAAUUUUAUUUUUUCAAAUACAAAAAUGCAAUACAUACUGCAAUGAUGUGAAGACUCGAAUAACAAAUACGAAAGCCAAUACGAAUAUAAAUAAUGUAAACGAUAGAAAUAUCCAUACAUCACAUUCCAAAACGUAAAAUUAAAUUGAUCUUUAAUAAUUAAGUAAGACUGUAAACAGAUUAAGGUUUCUCAAGUUGUAAUAAAAAAUAGUAUUAAAUAUUCUAAGAUCAAUUGUAUUAGUAGCCUAUCAAUUAGAACAUUCAGAUACAAAAUAUAAACAGUCUU